AUGAAGGCCUUUACUGCCCUCGCAGCUUUUGCUGCUCUCUGUGCUCCUGCUGCUGCUUUCGGCAACUCGACUGCUCCUUGGGGCAACUAUACUGUUCAUGCGAACUCUACUCGCCCUGCGCCCUCUACUUUCUCUACUCACCCGGCAAGCUCGAGUGUUGUCCCAUCUGCAACCCCCACUCCUGAGUGCGAUCCUUCUGAGCACCACAAGACCGGUGGACCUCCCUUCGGCCCUGCCUGCAAGACUCCUCCUGGCUGGAUCAAGAAUGGCCGCCCUACUGCUCCUGCCAAUGGCUACUACGACCACCACCCCCAGAACUAG